ACCCGUGGUUCAUCACGAUGUGGUCCUCCAACUCCUUCAAGCUCGACUUCGUGGUCGGGUACGAAGACGUGCAGGUGGACGCGUGGCUCUACUCGGACCACCAGCGCUACUUCUUCUUCCAGCAGCUCUCGACCGUCGGCGCGCUGCUGCAGCUUGUCGCGCACGGGCCCGGCCAGUUCUCGGUCGACGAGGCGGACGCCGAGUCCAUCACAAUCACGUCGAUCACCUCGAAGGGCGCCGACUGAGCGGGCGCGCCGCCUCGCACCAGUGGCGCUCGGCUGCGGCGCCGCAACGCCCCCCCUCUAUUUUCGGUUCAUAGAGAUCUGUGAAAGGCGUGCGGGGGUGCAAUGCCACGAAUGGAUUCUCCCUAUUUUGUAUUUAGUAUUAUCGGCGAGCAAGUCAAA